AAGCCGCGGAGAUCACUCCAGCUCCGGCUCCGCCGAUUCAGACACAAAAUAGAUAUAAUAUUACACUUUUUGGACAGAGUAAGGGGCAGGGAAUACAAAUGGAAGAGUCUGCAGCUCCCAUGAGGCCCUACGAGGCCGCUGGAGCCGAGGCAGGUGCUGAGGGAGGGGAGGGUUUGUCUGGUCCCCCCCUUCCAGAGUUUGAGGCCUCCGGAGCUUCUGGAGCAGUCAGCUCAGCCUCUGUGCAAGAGGCGUCGGGUUUGGCACCGCUCCGUAUGGCUCCUGCGUCAGCGGACCGACGCGCAGCGAGUUUGAGGCCAGCUCCAGCCGCAGGGGGCGGAGCCAGGUCUGGUUCUGAGCGGAACAGUGGCAGCUGGACCAAGCAAAUCCUCUGCAGGUAUUAUCUGCAUGGGCAGUGCAAGGAGGGCGAUAACUGUCGUUACUCUCACGAUCUCUCUGGGCGGCGCAAAGCUAGGGGGGGGCAAGAUUCCCAGCCUGGGGCCUCUGCAGAUAGAGGGCCCAAGAUGGCCACUCAAUGGGAGCCCCCGACUCAGGAAGUGGCGGAAGCCCCCCCUACUGCAUCCUCCAGCUUUUUGCCUCUGAUUGGCUCGGCUGCUGAAAGGGGCUUCCCCGAAGUUGAGAUUGACAAUGCAGGCAUUGGCUCAGCUGCUGAAGGGGGCUUCUCUGAAGCAGAGAUUGACAAUGCAGGCCUAGCUGCAGCCGCUGCGGGAGGAGCGGGUGCUGAAGGCUGGGAGGGAGCAAUUGAGUUUGUUCCAGGACAGCCCUACCGAGGUCGCAUGAUCCCCCCACAUGGUUUCGAGGCUUUUCCGCAGAGCCCGGAAUUUGAGAGAGAGCACAUGGCUAUAGGCAUGGGGAUGCCGAUGCCGAUGCCAGUGCCAGUGCCGAUGCCAGUGCCAAUGCCAAUGCCGAUGCCAGUGCCAAUGCCGCUCCCGCUUUGCCGCUAUGCUGCCCGGGGAGAAUGCCUCCGUGGGGAGAGUUGUGCGUACCCCCAUGGAGAAAUAUGCGACAUGUGCGGGCAGCAGGCCUUGCACCCUUGGGAUGCAGCCCAGCAGGAAGCUCAUAGGCGGGCCUGCGUUGAAGCACAUGAGAGAGAUAUGGAGCUCUCCUUUGCUGUGCAGCGCAGCAUGGACAAAGUGUGUGGCAUCUGCAUGGAGGUUGUCUAUGAGAAAGCCGACCCCAGCGACCGCCGCUUUGGCAUCCUUUUCAGCUGCAACCACACCUACUGUCUUAGGUGUAUCCGCAGGUGGAGAAGUGCCACACAGUUUGAGAACAGAAUCAGUAAGUCCUGCCCACAAUGCAGGGUCUCUUCUUUCUUUGUCAUUCCUAGUGAGUUCUGGGUGGAGGAAGAAGAGGAGAAGGAGAAACUUGUUCAGCAAUAUAAGGAGGGAAUGAGCCAGAAAGCCUGCAGGUAUUUUGCUGGAGGCUUAGGUUACUGCCCAUUUGGAGAAUAUUGUUUUUACAAGCAUGAAUACCCUGAGGGCUGGAGAGAUGAGCCUCCGAGGCCAGAUGGUGGUGGAUCGUCAAAUGCAUACUGGCAUCAAGUUUUGGAGCCUGUGCAGUUGCGAGAGGGAAAAGUGCUGCUUAAAAGCCGAAAAAAGGAGUUUGCUGUGCUUCGCCUGGCCAACCAGUUGCUUAAGAAGUUGCUUUGCCUGAGAGGCAAUUCUUCCUUCUCUGAUAACCGUUGGCUCUUGCUUCAGUACCAGCUGGAAGAAUAUUUCAGUUUGAAUCUGUAGUAUCAUGCUGUGGCACGUGGUCUAGUCUGCUAAGGCUCUGUUGUCUGCUGUUGCUUAUUUCCCUUUAUCGACUGACAAACCUAUUGCUUUCAAAGGCUGUUGAGGCAAUCUUUAUGCAGUAUUGCUGUUUUUCCCUCUAUUUCCCUUUUCUUCUCACUAGGAUUGUGAUGUUAUUCUGUGUUAUAAAAUAACAAGAGGUUAUUAAAAGUAUUGUUUGGUGGAAUUAAUAUUUCUGUCAGCUGAUGAAUUGUGGUGUCUUUUUCCAACAGGAUUCAAUCACUUCUAGUCUAGUGUUUACAGUAUCUCAUUGUGAAGUCCCUUAAGAGUAAAUGUGACAAGGUGACAAAAGUCUUUAACUGAAUUAUGAGCUUUUUGCUAUAUAGCCUUAAAAAAAUGGACGCUUACAGGGCCUUGCAGCUGCUGUCUGUGUUUGUUUACAUGUCUGUUUUUUCCCUUCUCUUUCAAGUGCACUUGUUAACUUGUGGUUACUUUGUGGUUCUGUUUUACUUGACCAAAAUGAAGUGCAUAUGUUUACAUGUUUUUAUCCUGUUUGGCUUGAUGUGAAAUUAUUUAUAUUUGGAAAUAUAUAUUUAAGAAUGAUAUAUAUGCGUAUAUGUACACAAAGAUGUAUUUGGAAACAGAUAUACACUAUAAUAUAUAUGUUUGAAGUAAUGAAAUAAAUCCAUAAAUGAAAGCCCAAUGUUAAAGUCUAGGUGUAUGGACUGUGUGUGAAUUGUGUGGAUAAUUUCUCUUCCCCUGCACU